AUGCCAAAAUGUCUCACUAAUUGUAAACCUAGAUCGGAAAAGAAACCGAGGAUACCUACCGAGGUGCCUAUAGUUAGGGCGUUCGUUGAUAAAUUUGAUCAAUGUACCAUCAAAUUACUUUGUUCCGAUAAAUAUGCAUCAAAACCCAAACUAUCGAUUGAAAAGGACGGGAAACCCUCGAGACCUUCUAAUAAUUUUUUUCAGUUUAAAAAUACGGUCAAUCAAUACGCGCAGGAUCAUAACUUGAUGGUUGAUCAAACAAUCUUAUGCAACGAUCGAAACAUUCUGACCAAGGUUGCAUCGGAACUAUGGCAUUUUUACUUAACUUCCGAGCAAAAAAAUAUUUUCUCCGAGUUAUUUAAAUUAGCGAAACAGGAUCACGAGAAACGUUUCCCCAAUUACAAAUAUAAACCUAAAAGGUUCAAAAGUGAUUAUAGAUUUAAUUUGGAAACAAAAAGUCCCGCGACUAAUGAUCAGCAAGAUCAACGUAGUGACCAACAGAUGAUUUUUAACGACAUGACCGAUGACAUUAAUGGUUAUUAUUUGGAUUCAUCCUUUGCAACUAUCGAAGAUCAA